AUCUCGACACAAUUGACAUCUCCAAGGAUUAUGCCCUCUCAGAAAACCAUGCGGGCAGUUGCCAUAAAGGGCGGCAAAGGUCCCGCCGACGCUCUCUACAUCGACAACAUCCCCGUUCCCGAGUAUGGUCCCUCGCAGGCCCUUGUCAAAGUCAAAGCAUUCGGUCUGAACCGCAUGGAUCUUCUCCAGCGCGAAGGCCAGUACCCGGUUCCCCCUCAAGCCCCCGCAACCCUGGGCGUCGAAUUCUCCGGGACAAUCGCGGAGCUCGGUGACGGCGCAACGGAAGAUUUCAAGGUUGGUGAUGAGGUCUUUGGCUUGGCGUAUGGUGGUGCCUACGCAGAGUAUAUUGCCGUUGCGACGGGGAUGCUUAUUCAUAAGCCGAAAGAGCUGUCAUGGGAGGAGGCUGCGGGUAUUCCUGAGACAUGGAUUACGGCAACGCAAGCUCUGCACCUCGUUGGCGCCUUCAAACCCGGGAACUCGGUCCUCUGGCACGCAGGCGCCUCCUCCGUCUCAAUAGCUGGAAUCCAGCUCGCCAAAGCCGCCGGUGCAUCCGCAAUCUACGUCACAGCGGGCUCCGACGAAAAGAUCUCCUUCUGUGUGAACCAGCUCGGCGCGACAGCGGGCUUCAACUACCGGACUCAAAACUGGGCCGAGGAACUUUCUAAAGCCACAAAUGGCCGCGGUGUCGAUGUCAUUGUCGACUACAUUGGUGCGGGCUAUUUCCAGGAUAACCUAAAGAGCGCGGCACUGGAUGGCCGGAUUGUGAACCUUGCGUUCUUGGGUGGAAUCAAGGUUGAGAAUGUGGAUAUCUCGUACUUCUUGAGGAAGAGAAUCCGCUAUGAGGGAAGUACGUUGAGGAGUCGGGACGAAGAGUAUCAAAGGAAGUUGAGAAAUAUGCUUGUUGACAAUGCGCUGGAGAAGUUGCGGAAUAAAGAAUUCAAGGUGUUUGUUGAGAAGGUGUUUAAGUUUGAUGAUGUGGUUGAGGCGCAUAAGUUGAUGGAGAGUAACCAAACUAAGGGGAAGAUUAUUUGUACCAUUUAG